UGCUGAUAGGGCUCGCGCACGUCCAGCCUGUGGCUACAUGUUUACGUCAUGAGGAGGAUUGUAUUUUAUUUUUUUGUGGGUUUCAAAGUACUGCAGAGUUAAGAAGAUGUUCCCCUCUCCCUCCUGACUAACUUCACAGAGAUCCUGACAGCAGUCUCUGUCUGAAUGUGGACUGAAUGGGAAUACUCUUGCUGGUUUUACUGGUUCCAGUUUUUCGAAUCAGCUUGAUUAAAGGACCCGCAGCUGCAGCAUGCACACAGUUGGUACCCCUCCUCUGACACCAUCGAGGGUUUGAACCAGCAACAGAGACGACACACUGAGGAGGAGGAGCAGAGACUGAGCAGGAUGCUGCCUUCCACUGGCGACAACAUUGAAAAAAGACCUGAAGAAGAAGAGGAGGAUCAGUCUAGUCUUCCUCCCCUCUCUCCAGUUACUUUGACAUACUCAAUGGAUGACCCCGCCGUCCAAUCAACCACCAACUCUCCAUCCAAUCAGGAUGAGAGCUCGGACUCGGAGGUGGAGGUAGCAGCCACGCUCUCGGACUCAAACAGGUUGCUGUUACUGUGGCAACGAAAGGAGGAAGAGGAGCACGACGAGGCGGAGACGCAGGCGGUGGCAUCGUCUCCAGAUGGACGAUUCCUCAAGUUCAACAUCGAGAUCGGGCGUGGAUCGUUCAAGACGGUUUACAGAGGACUUGACACCGAGACCACGGUGGAGGUGGCCUGGUGUGAGCUGCAGACUCAUCGUCUGAAAAAGGCAGAGCGUCAGAGGUUCAAUGAGGAGGUGGAGAUGCUCAAAGCUCUGCAGCAUCCCAACAUCGUCCGUUUCUUCGACUCCUGGAAGGCCCCGCUCAGGGGACAUAAAUGCACCAUCCUGGUGACGGAGCUCAUGACGUCCGGGACCCUCAAGACGUACCUGCGCAGGUUCAGGCAAAUGAAGCUGAAGCUGCUACAGCGUUGGAGCUUUCAGAUCCUGAAGGGGCUGCAUUUUCUGCACACACGAAGCCCACCAAUCCUGCACCGAGACCUCAAGUGUGACAACAUCUUUAUCACUGGUCCCUCUGCCUCCGUCAAGAUUGGAGACCUGGGACUCGCCACGCUUAAGAAUGCCUCGUUUGCCAAAAGCGUCAUCGGAACGCCGGAGUUUAUGGCUCCAGAGAUGUAUGAAGAGAAGUAUGACGAGGCCGUAGACGUUUACGCCUUCGGCAUGUGCAUCCUGGAGAUGGCGACGUCCGAGUAUCCAUACUCUGAAUGUCAGAAUGCCGCUCAGAUCUACCGCAAAGUUACCAGCGGACUCAAACCAGAAAGUUUCUCCAAAGUGAGCGUGCCUGAGCUGAAGGAGCUCAUCGAGGGCUGCAUUCGAACAGACAGCAGUGAGAGGUUCACAAUUCAGGACCUGCUGAAUCACCGGUUCUUCCUGGAGCAGUCCGGGGUCCAUGUGGAUCUGGCCGAGGAGGACGACGGGUCGAAGGCAGCGCUUAAACUCUGGCUUAGGAUGGACCAGAACAGGAAGCUGCAGGGGAAAUACAAAGACAACAACGCCAUCGAGUUCUUGUUCGAGCUGUACGAAGACGUCCCCGAGGAGGUGGCCCAGGAGAUGGUGGUGCUCGGGUUUCUGUGUGAGGCAGACUAUAAGCUGGUUGCCAAGGCGAUCAGACACAGAGUGACAGCCAUUAAGCGUCAGCGAGAGAAGAAACACCAGUUACUGGACGAAUCUCUCAACAGCCAGAAGGAAGCUGCAAUCGAGGAGUGGUCUGACUCCGCCCCCAAACAACCAGCGCUGUCCAAUCAGGAAACUGCAGGUGCCAUAAGCAGUAAUACUAGAGAGGCAUCCAAUCAGCAGGACUCAGCAGCUGUGUCAGGCCUCACCCCUGCCUGGAUGCAAGCCCCGCCCUCUGUGACAAUGACAUCAUCAUCAAGCAGCCCCGUGGAUUCUGGGAUCAGCAGUGUCUCGAGCAAGGCAGACGGAGAUGAGGACGACAGCAAGACCACCAAGCACGGCACACACUCCUCCGCUAUGUCGGACUGUGAAAUAGAAAGCCACGUCAGCCCCUCAGCUGUACCGGGGAAGGCUGAGCCCACGCCCCAACAUGUCACUAACCCCGCCGCCAUUUCUUCCGUCCCCACUCCUUCCGCUGCGGCUCCGGCGAUCCCUCGGCCCAAGGCCCCUCUCCUUGGCUAUCGGGCUCAUUCAAAACCUCCGCCACUCCCCGUUCUGCGUUUUCCCAGGAGCAUCGCUGUGUCCCACAAAGCCAGAAGGCCCGAGUCUGGACCAGUCUCUGACUUUUCCUCACCAGUUGACAGCUAUGCCUCUGAUGUUACCUCAGGUUUCAGUGACGGCAACGAUGGCCAAUCAGACAUGGGCACCAAGGAAGUGACCGCACAGGAAUCUACAAAGCAGUUCAAGAAGAGAGCGAGGGCUCGUCUGAAAAUCACAGGGGUUUCAGAAUUGCAGGACCGUGUGGUUGAGUGUCAGCUGCAGACUCACGACAGUAAGAUGGUGACAUUUAAGUUCGACCUGGAUGGAGACAAUCCAGAGGACAUCGCCUCUGUGAUGAUCCACAGAGACUUCAUUCUGCCAUCAGAACGACAAGGAUUUAUUUUCCGCAUGUAUGACAUCAUAAACCGGGUGGAGUCUUUGAUCAUUCAACAGGAGCAGGCUGACAGAGACACGCCAUCCCAGCUGACGACCGCCAUGCUGUCAGAAGAGACAACUCCAAUGGUUGCAGCCAAGGCCCUCUCAAGAACUCCAUCCUCAUCUUCACUUCCUGAUACUACAGAGGUUGACCCCUCCCCCUUGAAGUCAGACAAUGUCUACACAAACUCCGAGGCCACACCCACUGGCAGACCCCAGAGGUCACAGUCCUUCCACACCUCUUCAGCUCCCUCCCAUCAGUCUCCUCCACACCUCCUCCAUUACCCCCCUGCAGACUCUGCCCCUCCUCUAGCCUCCCCCCUUCCUACAUACCAUCUCCCAACGUCCCCUUACUCCCCUUACACCUUUUCAACCCAGAGCACCUCCCCUGGCCUCUCCACAGUCCACAGUAACCCUUCCCUCUUUACAUCCCCAACUUCCCCCUCAGUUCCUCCAUCUCCUCCUCAGUGGCCCCCUCCAGACCAGCCUAUCUUCUCUCUGGCCAAUGUACUCUCUCUAGCCAUGAGCAUGGCCCAUUCCAUCAUUCCCCCUCCUGGUACCCCGAAUCAGGGGUUUGACCCCAAGCCCCAUCCCAUGUCACCCCCCUACCCUUCCCCCCCAACUGUCCUCACUCCCCCCAUGUCUCCAAUGCUGGGUCCUAAGAUCAACCCGCUAAACCAUGCCCCCUCCCCAGUUCCAAUCCGCUCCCAGGUGUCCUACAAUCCUCUCACCCAUGAGACAGGCUCCACCCAUUACAGCCAGAAGGGAGUGCAACAUGGUUGGACUCCAGUUACCCCUCAGACAGAAAUGGAGCAACGGCAGGCAUCCUCCCUCAUGUCACUGUCACCUAGACUGUCACCCAUUCAGGAGGUGAAAAAAUCUAUCUUCACCGUUGGUCGUUUCCAGGUGGCACCCUCUAAAGAAGUUCCUGCUGUCAGUCAUCAGGAAGCCCGCCCCCUUAGCCAUGUUACAUCGACUGCACACUCCCCGCCUCCCUCCAGGCUGGACCAAUCAGACAGUUCAGAAAGCUCAGAGAGCAGCGCAGAGGGGCAGAGUGAAUCAGAGAGCAGCAUCAGCACAGUGACAGUCGCACCAACUACACAUUUGUGGUCCAAUGACGACCCUGGAGAGCUGGGGGAGGGUGGGAUCAGGAGAGAAAGGGAGGAAGAGGAGAGGAAGAGGAGAGAGGGACAGAGGCUGAGUGCAUGGGAGGGGACAGCUGGCAGCCCGGGGAUGAGCAGCAACAGCCUUGGCCAACCAUGGAGUCGCUCUGCACCCUACAUCAGCUCUGACGAAUCAGAUAGCGAGAAUGAGGACAUGUGGGUGGAGCUUCAGGAGCUACGUGAAAGACACCUGACAGAGGUAAAUAACCUGAAGGCCAAUCAGAAGCGAGAAAUUGAGGACUUGUACCUAAAGAUGGGUAAAGUCCCGCCUCCUGGCAUCGUCCCUCCAUCUGCCAUUUUGAAUCACCGUCAACGUCGCCUCUCGAAGACCGGAAACUACCCACGCAAAAACAGCCUGCAGAGACUGGACGUGCUGCCCCCUGCAGGUAUCAUAAGAAAGAGCUCGGUCAGCGGAAGCAGCAGUGGAUCUCAGGAGAGAGCAGGGAAAGGUGUGACCUUUGCCCUUGAACACAGCUGCAUGUGAAAGAGGAAGAGAAGCUCCUGACUGAAAACAUGAAACCGAGGAUGAAGAGGAAAGCUCACUGAUCACUUUAUUUUGAAACCUGUGGAUAUGUGAAAGUGUUACAUUCUAUUCAAUUUUCCAGCAUUUCAGCACUUUAGCAAGAAAAUAAUGAGCCUUGCAGUGUUUCAGCGUUUGGGGGGGUGGGGACAAGCAGACAUGCCGACACGACGACACAAACACUUGAAGGAAUCUUGGUGUUCAUGUGUUACUUUUAAUGACAGCUGUCCUUUUCUAUCGGAAAGGUAUCCUUAAAUUACUUCUUUCCCUGAUUUCCGACUCUAUCCACUAUCCUAUCCCUACAAUAAAGGCACAAAUAGCCCAAAAAUAAAUCUUUAAAAAAAAUUAUUGUGUACAUUUUGUACUUAGGGUUUGUCAUGUGUGGUAAAUGUUUGUUAUAUUUUGCCCUCCCGAGUUUAUCACCACUACCUCAAAAACAAAGUUUGAAUUUAUUAUAUAUUUAUAUUUUCUUCAUGUAUUUUUCUGUUUUUCAAAGUGUGUGUUAACGUGUUUCAGGUCGAUACAUUCAUGUGAUGCAGAUGUUGUAAAAUCAACGAGUAAUCAUGUUUAAUAAUGAUGAUGUGAACACCAAUCAAUUUCUAAAAGUUUAGUUCACCUGAGGAAGGAUUUGUUGCUUAAUCCUUCUUGGAUCUUUUUUAUGUUUCUUUUGAAUAAAUUGUUGUGAAAUAUCUUAUUUGAACAGA